ACGCAAAUCAAGUCUAAAACUACAAGGACUGAAGGUUGUUGCAGUUUUUCUUGGCGGAUAAAAGGGAUGAAUAAAGAAGAAAACCAAGAAACCCCUUCGUGUAACGGGAAGCACAGUGAGGGCCAGAUGAAGAAGAGACAGGACUACCUGGAGUGGCCUGAAUAUUUUAUGGCCGUUGCCUUCCUGUCUGCUCAAAGAAGCAAAGAUCCGAGCUCUCAGGUUGGUGCCUGUAUUGUGAAUCAAGAGAAUAAGAUUGUGGGUAUCGGCUAUAACGGAAUGCCCAAUGGCUGUGAUGAUGAUCUCCUGCCCUGGUCUCGCUCUGCUGUUGACAAACUGGACACCAAAUACCCAUAUGUGUGCCAUGCGGAGUUGAACGCCAUUAUGAAUAAGAACUCUGCAGAUGUGAAAGGCUGCUCCAUGUACGUGGCUCUCUUCCCCUGUAACGAGUGUGCAAAGCUCAUCAUCCAGGCAGGUAUAAAGGAAGUCAUUUUCCUGUCAGAUAAAUAUCAUGACACUCCAGAGAUGACUGCCUCCAGAAGACUGCUGAACCUGGCAGGAGUCCAAUAUAGGCAGUUUACACCAAAACGAGGCCAGAUCAUUAUUGACUUUAACUCCAUCAAUGGACUCUGGAAUGGACAGCGUGAGUGUGACUGAGGAGGUGUACUCCCAGUAACAGCCAGCCUUUACUGAACAACUGAACUAUCGAACAUUAGUAAAAUACCAAACAUUACUAAAAUACUAACCAUUACUGAAAUAAAUGCCACAAUACUGAAUAUUUCUGAAAUAGUUCUUCAGUGCUCUGUCUGUCUUGUUAGUGUUAGUUUUUGCUGUGUGUGUGUUAUGUAAAUGUUAUGUCAAAGGAAAACCAGUUAUCUCCAAAAUAGUAACUUUACAGGAGACAUUGGAGCAUAUCUAGUGGUCCAGUCAUCCUGACAUUUUCAUAUAAAGUAAAGGCUAGCUGCUAAGCUUAAAUUAUGCAGGAAACUAAAAAUAGCAAGAA